AUGGCGAGCAGCGCAGAGGAGGCGCUACCGCAGCCGCCUGCACUGCGGCGUCGAGGGCGGAGCUUGACGCAGGGAUCUAGCCUUCCAGCCACGAAGAAGAGUGAUAAAGCCGCACCGCCGCCUGCUCGAGCGUCAUCGACGACGACCUCCACCACGGGCAGAAAAGCUGCGUCAGCGGCCCCGCGGCCACCCGCUGCCGUGGGAACACCACCGCAGCGACUGCGGGCGACGCCCGCCGUCAAGGCGACAACGCCGCCCUCGAAGCCGCCGGCCGCGUCGCCGGCCAUCGUCAUCAUCUCUCAGGGCGCGACCCGCCUCACUUCCGGUAUCGUCGUCAGCAUCAGCCACAUCGGCCGUGGCCAGCUUACGGACCCGGCCCUCUCCCUCUUCGCCCAUCCGCGCCUCUACUCGGGCGGCGGCUUCCGCAGCUGCUUCUGCGCCGACCGCCACCACCAGCACCACCGCCACGCCGCCGAAAACGGCACUUCGCACGGCGGCCAGGCCCGAGGUGGCGGGAAGCCCUGCCGCGUCGUCUGUGGCCGCAAAGUCGGCCUUGUCCACGCGCGUGGGCACACCGGCCAGAUCAGCCGCGACUACUGCCACGGCCACCACCAAGCCGCGCAGUGCCUCGGCUCGCUUGAACUCUUCGUCAUCGGCUUCUUCUUCUUCAUCAACGUCGUCCAUCACUCCCAACACACCCAAGGCUGUUUUGAAGACGCCGGCCUUGUCACCGUCCACUCGGCCCGCGCCGCCUCGCCUCAACUCGAGCGCCGGUGCUUCUUCAGCCUCCUCCACUCCCUCGUCGUCGCCAUCAGCAGCCACAGCAGCAGACAAGCCCAAGCCGACGCGCCGUUCGGCUUCCCAACGACGAGCGGCUCUCGCUCCGCCGCGCGAGUCUGCGCCCAAGCCCUUGACAUCAUCGGCUUCUUCUUCUGCCCCUUCGUCAACUCUUCCGCCACCUUCAACGGCGAGCAAGUCUCCCUCGCGCGUGCGCCCGGCGCUGGUCAAGUCCUCGUCGACCGUCGCUUCACCGGCCUCGCGACUCACGAGCCCGAGGACCUCCACCACCGCAGCCACAACUACACCAACAUCCACUUCAUCAACAACAACUACUGCAUCAUCGCGCCUACGACGAGCCAACAGCGACAUCGCCACGCCGUAAAACUAAUUUUGGCCCGAAAAGGGAAGGAAUGCGGGAAUGUGACGUAG